CAUAUUAUGGAAUGAAUCAUAAUUAAGCAGUUAUUUAAAGAAAUUUUUGAAUUUCUGCACAGUGCACUUCAGAGGAAACAGUUGUACAUCUUGAGUUUUUUGUGACUUUCUAACAGAACAUAAGUUCUACAUUGACUUAACAAUUUCUGUGGUGGUGAUCUCAGGGAAUUUGCGCAUUGAAUGCUGGUAAUUUUCUACAAAUUUAUCGCCCCUGUGGAACAGAUUUGAAUAAUGGCGAACGUUAUGCCACCAACUAAUCAGCAUAUGCCCUCAUCAGGGCACAAAUAUUCUGCUGGUAAUGGACCAAGCAGACAACCUUCUGCAAACUCAGUUCAAGGUUCUCGUCAACAGAACAAUAAGCCUGUUGCUAACUCUCACCCUCAAUCUGGCAAAGUUGGGGAAGGAGAAGAUUGGAAAUCAAAUUUACAUUUGCCACCAAAAGACAGAAGAAAGAAAACUACUGACGUUACAGCGACUAAAGGAAAUGAAUUUGAAGACUUCUGUCUCCAGCGAGAAUUAUUGAUGGGUAUUUUUGAAAAAGGCUGGGAGAAACCUUCACCCAUUCAGGAAGAAAGCAUUCCUAUCGCAUUAUCUGGUCGAGAUAUUUUAGCAAGAGCUAAAAAUGGCACUGGAAAAUCUGGUGCCUAUCUGAUUCCUUUGUUGGAAAAAUGUGAUAUGUCAAAAGAUUAUGUUCAAGCCAUGGUUUUGGUGCCAACACGUGAACUGGCAUUGCAGACAUCACAAAUUGCCAUUGAAAUGAGCAGGCACAUGGGAAAUUUAAAUGUGAUGGCCACAACUGGAGGAACCAACUUAAGAGAUGAUAUUCUCAGACUUGAAAGCAAUGUCCAUGUUAUCAUUGCCACUCCUGGAAGAAUUUUGGAUCUAAUGGGUAAAGGAAUUGCUAAAGUUGACCACUGCAACAUAAUGGUAUUGGAUGAGGCUGAUAAACUACUUUCACAAGAUUUCAAACGCAUGGUCGAUGAUAUUGUGUCUUUCUUUCCACUUAAUCGACAAAUCCUGCUAUUUUCUGCUACUUUUCCCUGCUCAGUGAAAGAAUUUAUGGGGAAGCAUAUGAAGAAGCCAUAUGAGAUAAAUUUGAUGGAUGAGCUAACUCUGAAAGGAGUCACUCAAUAUUACGCUUUUCUUGAAGAAAAAAACAAGGUUCAUUGUUUGAACACCUUGUUUUCCAAGUUGCAAAUCAAUCAGUCAAUAAUAUUUUGCAACUCUACUCAUCGUGUUGAAUUACUGGCAAAGAAAAUCACUGAACUUGGAUACUCAUGCUUCUAUAUUCAUGCCAGGAUGAAGCAGGAUUAUCGCAAUCGCGUUUUCCAUGAUUUUCGACAAGGCCUCUGCAGAAAUCUUGUUUGUAGUGAUCUUUUCACAAGAGGAAUUGACAUACAAGCUGUUAAUGUUGUGAUCAACUUUGAUUUUCCAAAAAUGUCAGAGACUUAUCUACAUCGCAUUGGACGAUCAGGACGAUAUGGCCACCUUGGACUUGCGAUCAAUCUCAUAACUUACCAGGAUCGUUUCAGUUUGAAGGCAAUUGAGGAUGAAUUGCAUACUGAUAUAAAACCCAUUCCUCCUGUCAUCGACAAAUCACUUUACGUUGCCGAAUUCUCUCAGGAAGAAAACGAUGACAGCAAAAAAUCUUAAAUUAAGUAUCGUGUAUUCUUAAAAUACCUGAGAGUAGCGUAUUUGUUCAAAUAUCUGCCAAAAUAAGGUCAAAGGAAUGCCCCAAAUUCAUCAUUUUCCUUUCACAAGUCCGAUGCUGAACCAAGAUCAUUAAAUUGUGAUUACAGUAGUAUUGACUAUGAUUGCUGGGAGUACUUAUGCCGAAAUAAUAUCAGCUGAAACGAUAUUCAAAACUUUUGCUAUUUUAUUAUCCACUCCACUCUAAGAAAAGAGUUAUUGUAAUCUGUUUGAGUUGAUUCUGUCGUUUUGCAACUGCAUAAUAAUUUUGUUGCCCCAGUUAAAAAAAUAUACCAAAACUUGGGCAAAAGUUUAAUUAAUUGUCCAGGGCACCUUUUAGCUUUAUCUUAAAUUGCCCCCAUGCCAAGCUGGUUAUUUAAAAAGGAAAUAUCAACAUUGCUAUGGAGUUUGGAUAUUGCUCCUUGACAAAAAUGAUCAAAUUAUUCAGUUUCAAGCUAUUCUUCAGAGGGGCUGACUUUGACCUUCAUUCUACACUUUUUUAUUGUAUUGAAUUUAACUUUUAUUGUAAAAAUUGUCUUUUGUUUUUUCAUUUGAGAUAAUAUCAUUGUCUCUCGAUUUACAGUACAUUAGUCUUAUGAUUUAAAUACUUCUCAUUAAUUCAAUUUAGGUCACAGUCGGAUCAUAACUAACUGACCCACUUCUCUGAUUCUAUUAAAAGCAACUGUUUCAUACAAGCCACAUCAGGUUUCGAGCAAUUUCGUAUGCAAUAAACAUUACGAAGCGAUAUACCCAUUUAAAUAAUGUAUUUUAUCAAUAUUCAACAAACCACGUGUCUGUUGUUUCUUAAAGUAGCAUUUUUGGCAUGUUCAAUUUGAGUUGCUGCUUUGUAAAUGGUUUUACCAUCAACUCAUUCUGUCAAUAUUUACUGACUCCUAUGUUGCGAUGCAAAUUUCAACAAUUAUUCAUUUCUGAAGUUAACAAUUCAAAUUGAAACCAUGAUGCCCCCAAAAUUGCUACUUUUUCAUCAGUUUUCAAACUUCAACAUUAUUGCAUAUUGACUUGAAUAUAAUUUCUAGGAUUUUGUUUAUACCAUUGCAUGUGAAAGUGUAUUUUCAUUACCACAUGUGUGGCUGGCCACAAAGUCUAACCAGGUAUUGUUUGGUGCUUGUUUUUAAUGUUUUUUGGACAGAAGCAUUACUUGCUGUUAUCCGGGUUAAUGCUAUGUUCCAUUUUAUGACUUUGUAUUCUGCCUAAGCCUGUUUCCGCUAUUUGGUUUUGCAAUCCACAGUGAACAAGAUUGCAGAAAAAUUGCCCCUUGCAACAUGAAUGCCGCGAGACGCCUCAAAAACUACUCAACAUUAACUUUUGUCUGAAGCAUAUGAGAAUAGUACUAAAUGGUACAAUGUUCAGUGAAACCAAGAUAAAGCUGAUCAAUCCGGAAGGAGAUUUUUGAAGAAUGGCCAGGUUACGGCGAGGUGGUCUGAACUAAACCGGUAUCAUGUUGGGGUGGCAGAUCAUAAUAUAUAUGAGUUUAAGAUAUCAUACAAUCUUUUUCCAACUUGGUUUUGGCGUGAUUUUUGUAAAUAGUUCCUUGAUAGACCUUGAUGCAGAAAUAAGGUUGUAUUCAAACGAUACAAUCUUUCAAGUUCAUCCUCGUUGGGCAACCUUGCAUUUUGCAGUUUAAUAUUUUCAGUCUGGUUCUAGCAUGGUAAACAAAUUGAAAAAACAAAACAAACUCAUCUUCUCCCAUCUUGUUAUGGUUAGUAAUUGCCAAAACGGUUUUACCACAAUAGAUAUUUGCAUAAAACUAGCUCUACGUUUGCUACUUCAUUUCCCCGUCUUUUUGAGUGAAUCAAGAGGACGAGUAAUAUUUUAAUUUGAUGAGUAGUAUAUUUUUUUAUUCCACCUUUUUUUCGCUUUGCCAUUGCUGCCAAGCGAGCUUGUGUUGUUUAACCAUUCCUCUAAACUAUGAGAUAGUUAAAACUUGACAUUCGGAUCAUACCAAACUAAGCAAAAUUGACUAGAAAAAUCAGACUUUAAGAGCCCUAUCUUUUCUCAUCUAGAUUUGUGUAUGACCUGUAUGUCAAGUUUUUUCUAUCAUUGUAUUUGCCUAUCCUUGCACUGUGCAAGUUAAAUUUUUUGCUACUGGCUUAUCACUUGGGCAUAGUGGUUUGCCAUUGAAGCACGCUCUGUCUUGCAUUCAUACUACGGAAAAAUACUAAAUUUAAUACAUGGUUUGAAAUUGAAAAUCUUGAUCGAAUUCAAAAUUUACAUGGCGUGGUGAGAUGUGUGGAUGCAAGUACAGAAGCAAUUCAAACUCUGUGGUCGGACUGUUAAAAUCUAGUUUGACACGAGAUAAUGGUUCCCAUCAUGGCUCUUCAGUAGAGUAAAUGCUAAGCCCACUUAUGCUGUAAUUUGUUGUGCAUGGGGGAAUCCAUAAGAAAAUGUUCUUUUGCAUGUUUUUCAUUCAAUUGGGCAGAGGUAAAUCAAUUACAAGUGGCUUAUUCUCUAUCCAUAUUGGCUGAUGAUCAUAUUUUUGGAUAUCUUUCUAUGGGCAAGCUCAACAAGUUGCAGGAAGAGAGACUUUGCAUUAUGUUGUUAUAAAGAAUGUACUUAAGCAUUGGGAUGCACUUUAACAUUGAAAAUCUUAUUUACUAAGUUUUCCAAAUGUUAGAUGCGUUUCACUUUCAUUUCCCCAAACCUCUAAUUUGUUCAUCUAUUUGGGCUGUAAAAUUCGUUUUUAAACUUACACUGACAGUUCUUGAUCAAGUUCCAUUUUGAUUUUUCACUGAAACAAUUUUCGACUUAUAGAAAGUCAGUGGUCUACAUGCCUAUGAAAUCGCAAUUAUAAUGGCAACAUUUAGAAAAUUUCCCAAACAAUUAAUUUCUGGUACUAUUCAUUUGGUAACACAAUAUAUUUUGGCAGCCCCUGGACGUAAGAAUAAGAACCCUGCACUGUAGUUGGUGGUGCACUCUUGAUGUAAUAGUGGUUUUCUGGUUUGUUUGAAAGAAAUAAAUGAUAUUACAGUGCAGUGACAAUCA